UGGUACACGUGGGUGAGAGGUCAGAGUUCGUGUACAUUUACCUCAAUAUCUGGCCGCGGGAUUAAGCCGCCUUAGAAACAAAGUUGAAGAUGGCAGUCUUUUCCAAAGAGCAUAGAGCACUCACAAAGAAGCUGAUAGCAACAGUCAGUGGAUUUGAGCCGCAGGAGGAAAACUUCAAGUUGUGCUUCGAGUUUGCCAAAAUGAAUUUCAAGUUUCAUCGAUUUCUAGAUGUCAAUGAUCUCAGUGUCAACCGAGCCAUCACUGGGCUCAAGGAGAAGUUCCAAGUUCACUCUCAACCAGAGAAGGCGGCAUCUCUUGAGGAGCUAACGCAUACCUUCCUCUCUCUUCAUCUUGAGAAGAGCUACCCUCACUCCGACGCUCACUAUGGCUUUCUGUUGUUCCUGCUCACCAUAUCACAAUCCCCCGUCAACAGGGACUAUGUGGGGGGUCCCGAGAGCCCCUCGAGACAAGUCCCAGGUGAUGACUUUGACUGGACAAGACAUCUCAUGGAAGGUAUUCGCUACCAGGCAUACAACUCGGACAGCGAGUCAGAGUGGUCCGACUCCACUUCUCAAUCAGAUGAAACCACACCCACCAAACGUUGUUUAGACGACUCAGCAAUUGGGGACGAGCUUUUGGAUGAAGGGAUUUCCCCUCCUGUUUCCAGUUCCCACUCCAUGUUGUUAAAGCACGUCCAUAUUCCAUACUGGGAUGUCUCCAAUCCGCAACAUCAAGUCGAUCUUUCCAGCCUCCAAGAUAACUGCCUGACUGCGUCUGCUCACCCUGCAUGCAGCCUAGCAACCACCUGGAGUUCCUAUCUCAAGUCAAUGGAGCCUCUUCGCCCUUCACUGGGAGAUAUGGUCACUCUAACAGAGUGGCAAGUAGUGCGGGAAACACUGUGGGCGUGUCUGGGGGCGGGGUCAAGCUUUGUGUACGAGAUUAGUGACUCAGAAGUGAUCCCACGGAAGGACAUUCAAGUCCUUCAUCUCACACCAUUGUCCUUGCAACGUCAGCUCUCUUAUUUCUCUGGCUUCAUUUCCAUGCUCCGUGUGCUGAGAAACACUUGCCGUGGAGUAACCUUUACCCCCGACAAUCAGCCCAUCCCCUGUAGGACGUACGAAGCAUUCUCCAGUGCCUUGAGAGUGUGUACCAACCAACUGGAGGAGACCAUCAGAGAGCUGGAGAGGGACGUCGUCAACAAAGUUGCCAUGGUGACAUUAUUCUCUCUGGAGGUCAGCCUGAGCUCAGUGUACAUUCGAGUACAGGAGCUGUACAGCGUGGUGAGCACUGUCCUGGACCAGCAGCCAUCACCACCAACUCCAUUAUCUUUAUCUUCAACCCUCCUCUCGACCUUGUGGACCUCCCUCUCUCGGCUGGAUGCGCUGAGUACCUCUGGCCACGCCUCCCUGACCACCCUCCUUCCACUGUGGCUGGCCUCAUUACAGCCGUACCUUGACCUAAUCGAGCACUGGAUAAAGGAGGGGACACUGGACGUAAAGUGGGAGGAGUUUUGCAUACAAAGAGAGGAGUGUGAUGAUGGGGAGGACUGGAGUUGGGUCUCUGGGUUCUCACUACGGCAACCAGUACCGGAGUUCCUACAACCUGUCCUACAUCAGGUGCUACAAGCCGGCAAGUCCAUGCAUGUGAUUGAAGCUAUGGGAAAGAGAAAGGAAAUGGACAAUCUAGACACACCCACAUCGCUCUAUGAAGAGUUUCUGGCCUCGCUGAGAUCAUCCUUAUCACAUGACUUGUCUGGGACGUCACGUGACUGCACAGAAGGAUCACCUGACCAGACAGCCCUCACCUGGAGACUGGACCCCCUUGCUCAGAGAUACCUCUCAUAUCUGCCAGUCCAGCUAGAGAAACCAGCAGCAGAGUGUCCUGACAAGGUGCUGUGGGACAAGGUGUCCUCACUGAGGGUGGACUCUCCGUCCCUCCCACUCACACUACAGCACACCCUCUCCACACUCAUCACCACUCACUGUCACAAGUCCUCCAGCUGUCUAGUGCGACUGCUGACGGAGGUGUACUCUCUCAAUGAGCACUUUCGGACUGUUCAGCGGUUCCUGCUCAUGGCUGAUGGACCUGUCAUGCAUCACUUCUGCUGUGACAUCUUUCAACGGAUCCAGGAGGAUGGAGAGUGGGCGGAUGCAGGGUACCUGAACACUGUUCUGCAUGAGGCACUUCAGGGACAGUUUGCUGACUCAGCAGACCUGGAACAAAGACUAAAGGUGGUGUGCAGCCCACCCCCUGUCCCCUCGUCCACCAAGUCCCCCCUCGCCUGUAUCUCCCUGGACUACUCUGUUCCCUGGCCUCUAGCAAUGGUCUUCCCACCACCUCUCAUGGACACUUAUAAUAAGGUGUUCCAGCUGCUCCUGAAUGUGAACUGGGCCAAGUGGAGUCUGGAGACAGUACACAUGAAACAGGUGGACGUUGUCAGGCUAUCUCCCCCCCAGUUACAGGGGAGGGUGAGACUACUGUUGCUACUGCGCUCAAGACUACUGCACUUUGUCAACAAUCUCACCAACUACCUCAUGACUCGGAUAUUGCACAGUGUGGGGGUGGAGUUUGAGAGCAGUGUGGGAGGUGCCGCUGAUGUGGACACUAUACUGCAGCUCCACACACACUACACAGAGACACUGUUUGAUCGCUGCCUACUCAACAAGAAGGCAUCCAUUGUGAAGGGGGCCAUCAUGAACGUGCUCAAUCUUGCCGUCACAUUCAAGCGUCAUUGGGAAAUGGGCGUGGCCAACUUCAGCACAGAGAACGCUAGUAGAAUUGAGGACGAGUUCCUAAAAUGCAGCCAUUUUCUUGUUUCCUGUCUCAACAACACGGUCAAGCGUGGGACUUUCCCUCAUUUGGAAACUCUUGCUUUCUCAAUGCGAACCCUGAAGACUGGUCAGAGAGUGUUCUCCUGAUCUUCUGCUCCUGUCAUGACCACACAUUUCAUCACUUACUGGCUCCGGCUACCAGAACCCACCACACUACCACUGAUAGUGUAAUAAUUGUCAGUACUUUAUAACAUUAUUUUAGACGUAGUUCUUGCAUGGACUUCAUAAUUGUGUCACUGUUGCAUUAUGAUCCUCAAUCUCAAGCAUCACGAGUUAUUUUUUGCAUCAAUAUAUAUAAUUUGGCAUUGAAUGUUGCGUUUGUGUCAA